UUUGGGUGUACUGUCAUUAUUUACUGUAUAAAAAUUAAUUUGGUGUUCAAAAAGUUUUUUUUCAAACUUGAGUCUUGUAAAAGAGGGGGUCGUCUUACAAUCAAGGCCGUCUUAUAGUCGGGCCAAUACGGUAUAUGGAAAAAGUUUUAAAAUAUGUCAUUCAUUGAAGGUGCACCUUAUAAUCCGGUGCGCCUUAUAGUGCGGAAAAUACGGUACUCUUGCAUUGAGGUCACUGAGUUACUAACUCAAUUACUUUUUCGGAGAAGUAAUUUGUAAUUAUUUAACUUUUUAAAGGAAGAUUAACAAACCUGGUCAAAACAUGGACUAUAUAUUACAGAUUUUUAAAUCGAUGGCAAUAUUGUAUGUGUUUCUAAUCACAUAUUUUAGUAAAAGAGAGCAAUUGUGGCUUAUUAGAGCCUACAAGUUUUUAAGUCCGAGGUUGCUUUUUAAAAAAUGAAGAUCAAAAAUAGUCACUUGCACCAUAAAGGGUUAAGUAUAGAUGAGCCCUAUCUUCAAACAUGUCUCUUGACCGGAAAAAGAAACUACCCGUGUGUGGUAACUUGACAGGGGUUUCCAGUCUGCCCAGCAGCAGCAUGAGGAGGAUGCAGGACAAGAAGAACGGGGCAGCUUUUUAGUAAAGUAAGAGAGUAUCUACAUCUUGUUCUCGUCUUGUUAAUUUUAAAUGAAAAAUGAGAUGAGACAUACUUAAAAGAAGUAGCAGGACUGGAUGGAGCUCAUCUUUGUUUGCUCCUAACUGGAUCCAGCACACUUUUGUGGAAAUAACUCAAGUGGAUGACUCAAACUGACUCGAGUGGGGAGGAUUUGAAAUAUUUUUCAUCAAGAGGUUUAAUUGCUUUUUUUUUUUUUUUUCCUAAUCAAUGAAGAUUCCUCUCACAAUCAAACCGGGUUGUAAAACUUUCAAAUGGCCUCUUCUCAAAAUUGAACUUGGAAACGAACAAAGCUAGAGAAUCGAUUUGGUUAAUAACGUGAUCGAGGUGAGCAUGGCCAUCAACACGGACACCGACUUCCUCAAGUCCAACCUGGGCGAGGUCGGCGGUGGCGGUGGCGGUGGCGGUGGAGGAGGAGGAGGAGGCGCCCAGCUGGCUGACUUCCACGAGACCGAGAAGCUGCUGGCCGUCACCAGCGAGCCCGCCGGACAUGGGAUCAAGAUGUCCUCGUCCUUCUCCGUCAACAUGGACCACCACCAGUCCAAAGGAUCGGAGGCGGACCACAACGGCCACGGGAUGAGGUCGGGCUCCGCAGGGCAGCUGGCCGCCGCCGCGCCCCUUUCGCCGUCCAAAGUCAGCCUGAGCCGAUCGUCCACCGGCAACGCCACCGUGCAUGAGAGCCCCAAACCACGCGACUACCUGAUCCUGGUCAUCGUUUCCUGCUUCUUCCCCGUGUGGCCCGUCAGCAUCGUUGCUCUCGUUUACUCCAUAAUGUCUAGAAACAGUCUGCAGGCAGGGGACGUGGACGGAGCCAGAAGACUGGGUCGACUUGCGCGCCUACUGAGCAUCGUCUCCAUUGUGCUGGGCGUGGUUGCAAUCAUCGUCUUUGUUUCGCUUUCAGCAAUCAACUGACACGGGAUGGCCUGAAGGACCACCAAUGCACCAAUAUCAAAGAAGCCUGCACCCCAACCCCAGAAAAAAAGAAAUAUCUACAUAAAAGAUACCUCUUUGCUUCACCCAUAGUGUAAUUAGGAGCUCAUAAAAACUCCUGAGACUGAAAUCUGAAAUGCAUGUAUUACACUCCACUAACAUUUGCUUGACCCACCAAAAAAAAAAUAUAUAUAAAAAUUUGCAACACUUUUAAGGGGAGAAAAAAAUGUGAGCAAAGAAGAUUUCUGACAUGAAACUCUUAAAUGGAGCAGAUGAGUGAGCACAGAAGAUCUUUUCGCCAUCCACGACGGGAAGCUUAAACACUUUUGCUGUUCAGACUUCCGACAUUUGGACAGCACCUAUGUAAUCGUCAUGUAUUCCUGCUGCAUUCAAAGUCUAUACAGCUGAAACAUGGAUAAAGUAAAGAUGGAUAUUUUAUACCAUGUUUCAAACUGGGACAGUAAAACAUCCAGAUGAAAUAGGGAGGGAACACAUUUGGAGCGCUUUUUUUCUUUCCGCAUUUUUUAAAAACGGUGAGUGUAAUUGCAUGCCUGAAUGUGGACGUGGAUAAUUAUGCCUCUGACUGUUUUCCACUUGGAAAGAAUGAAAGUUCAAAAGGUGUGAAAACUGAAUUGUAACCCUGAACCAUCCACCUUAAUAUUUCCAAAAUAUAAUCCAAAAUGACAUUAUGCUGCUUUAUACUUGCAAAAGCAUCAAUCCUCUAGCACACAUUGGUUGUAACCAUUUUGAAUUUUGUGCUCCUGUUCUUCACCUUGUGCCCUUAAUCGGUUUACGACCUUUCUACUUGUCUUCCAUCAUCACUGCUAAAUUGUGAUAUUGUUCCACUUGUUGAAUGAAUGUUUUUUUCUUCUCCUUGUAUAAGUAUUAAAUGUAUUUAUAAUGGGAAACAUAUGCAAUAUUUAUGCAUGUUUUAUGCAUUUUUGUAAGCUGGUUGAUUUACAUUGAAAAAUUCAAAUUUGACAGACACUGUGCAAUGCACUACGGGGAUACACACAGGCAUAUGGCUGCCAUUCUCUUAUUUAACAAAAACAAUCAUAGGCUGAAAGUUCGGUACACAUCUUGUUCACUCCAAUUCUCUACAGGAAUAAAAAUGUCAGAUGCUUACAAAUCAUAUUUAUAAAACUAUGCAACUAAUUCCAGAGACAGCAAUGCUAAACCUGCCAAGUCCACUUAUUCACUUACUGGCUUCAUUACUACCUGCUACAUGAACAAACAUCCAUAAGGAGCCUUAUUUCCAUUGGUGAAUACCUUCAUGUAGAACCAAACGUACAAAGCAUUAAGAUUGAAACAAAAAGCAUUAAGAUGGCACUAAAUCUGUUAAACUGGUGGUCUACUUUUUUUUGUAUGUAUUACUAUUUCCGUCCUGGUGUAACAAAUCCCUCCGUUUUCAUCUUUGUGGUGUACAUUCUGCAUGUUUGGAAUAAAUGUUACCAUGCAUGGCUAA